GCGGUGAGCAUCCAGCUUCCAAAUGGACGGUGCUUGGUCGAUAAUCGAUCUUUACACACCAAGCAGGCUCCUGGAGAUUUCCUCCAGACACGAUUCCGUUCAGACCCCCACUGCCACAUGUCACGCGCGCCAUGGACGGAUAUCAGCGAGGCGACCUGCAGUCAGCUGCGGGUGAGAGUAUGGCCGGAGGUCUUAUCGCGUUCUCCGUCACCAUGGCGCUUAUGAACGUGGUUGUCGUAGCGCUGCGUUUCUACGUGCGGAUCUGGGUGAUUCGAAAUUUCGGUCCUGACGAUUGGGCGCUGGCCGUGACACUGGCAUCAGCAAUCGCCGGUGUUAUCUUGAUGUCAUACGGUACCAGGCUCGGGCUGGGCCUACACAUCAAUGCCCUUUCCCUAAGCGAAAGAUCAGCCUUUCUCCAACUGCUCUUCGUCUCGACGCCGGGCUAUCACUUCAUCAUCAUGCUUGUCAAGGCCACCUUCCUCCUCCAGUUCCGGCGCGUCUUCCCGCUUCCGACCACCAAACGGCUGUGUGACAUAUUUCUGGUCGUCAUCGCCAUCUGGACCGUCGUCGGCGGCAUCCUCGCCGUCGUCAUCUGCCUUCCCUUGUCCAAGAACUGGGAUCCUCUUGAGCCUACUUGGACCUGCCCGAAUCGGUACCGCUUUUGGCUGGCCCACGGCAUACUGCACGUCAUUACCGACGUGGUCAUCUUUGUCAUGCCACUCCCGCUGCUCAAGACGCUACCCUUACCGCCGCUGCACAAGGUCAUUCUCAUGGGCGUUUUCUGCUUGGGCUUCAUUACAUGCGUGAUAUCCGCCGUCCGACUGACCACGCUCAACACGUCUACCAGGGACCCGGAUGUCUCGUGGACGGCGGCGAGAACCUGUUUCUUCUCCAUCGGAGAGGUGACGUCCUCGAUUCUGUGCCUUUGCAUACCAACGCUACGGCCUCUCCUGGGGAUGUGCCGCUGCUGCGAACGCCGAACGAAAAGCCAGGAUUCCACCGAGACAGGCGGACAACGCUUUGGUGUGUAUCUUAUUAGUUUGCCUAGCACCGCGUCGGACGCACAAAGCUCAGCGAGGACUCCCAUAUGGGUUGUCGGGACGGACAGUAAUCGAAUAUAAUAAUAAUAUGGUCGUUCUUUGCCAACAUGAACGGUGCCCAAUGGUUUGCAUUAUUAUCUA